UUUUUUUUUAAACUUGCUAUAUCUCAUUGAAUUUAUAUGUACCGAAUUGCUUCUCGUGCUCCUUUAUUGCGUUCAUCAUUCAACAUUGCUGCAGUUAAAUCCCUUCCUGCUCGACCACCAUGUCUGACUCCUAGACAUUUCAGUACUCAACAUCAACAAGUGAAGUCUCGCUUGCCUUUCAAGUCAAUUUCCGCUAGUGUUCUUUUGACUUCUGCCAUGUACAUGUACUCUCAAGGCAUUGCUCAAGCUGAAGCUGCUACUGCUGCUGCUACCACUGGUACAUCUACGCCUGCCAUCACUUUAUCUGAAUUACAAGACAAGACGAACCGUAUCGCCGUUGAAGCCAAGAGCACUGAAGAAUUAGCCAUGGCUCUUUUCGUCUAUCGUCUCUGUGCCUUGCCCUGGCUCGUAGAUGCUGCUCCUUAUCUUAUCGCUGCAUCUGAAAAACUUCAUCUACAAGCACCCGUCUAUUGGUUCGUCAAACAAACUUUUUUCCGUCAUUUCUGUGGUGGUGAGACCCCUGAGGAAUGUGUCUCGAGUAUGGAUAAGCUUGCUGAAUCGGGUAUCAAUUGUAUUCUUGAUUUGUCAAUUGAAGCUGAUUUACAUCUGGACAACCAAGCACCUCAAGAAGGUCAGUCCAAGUACUUUCGUGAUGAACAACAGGCAGAUAUUGUCACCAAGAUGAUCAAGGCUUCUAUUGAAACCGCCGCUCAAGGUGCUAAAAACAAUGCGAUGGUGGCCGUCAAGGUUACUGCCUUCUCGCCUCCUGAGCUCUUGUUGCGCUUAAACCAAAGCAUGGCUGCUUUAGAUCAAAGCUUUUUAGAACUUCAAAACAAUGGUCAUAUUAAUGCUCAAGGUGUUCGUCAAGUGAUUGACAAGAUUGUGCCUAUGGCUGAAUCUCAAGAACAACAAAAGCAACGUGAGUCUAUCAUUGCUCAUUUAGAAAGCAAGCAAGCUACUUUGGACAUCAUUGAGUUCAGAAAACUGUUCAAUUUGCAAGGUCCUGGUCGUGAUGUCUGGUGGAAGACUACUUCUAAUGAUGCCAAGAGUAUCUUAUUAACUGCUGAAGACCUUGAAGCUUAUGAUCGUAUGAUUGCUCGCUUAGAACAAGUGGCUGGCUUAGCUAAAGAAUUAAAGGUCGGUGUCAUGGUAGAUGCUGAACAAUCUUACUUCCAAGAUGCUAUUGACCAUGUUGCUGUCAAUCUUCAACGUAAAUACAAUGCUCGCACUGAAAACCAAAGUCAACAACCUACUAUUUACAACACUUAUCAAAUGUAUACCAAAUCAGCUCGUGGUAGACUUGAAUUAGAUGUUGAAUUGUCUAUGCGCGAAGACUUCACUUUUGCUGCCAAGUUGGUUCGUGGUGCUUACAUGGUCUCUGAACGUAAGCGCGCUGAAGACAUGGGCUACACUUCACCCAUUUGUGACACUUUAGAAGACACACAUGCUUCUUACAAUGGUGGUGUUAAAUUCCUUUUAAACAAACUCAAGGAACAUCAAGAAACGACAGGUGAAACUGUAAAUAUCACCAAUUCACCCAUUGUUUUCAUGGUAGCCAGUCAUAACCGUGAUAGUAUUAUGUUGACCAUUGAAGAAAUGGAAAAGAACAGUGUGAUGCCUCGCUCUGGUGUUGUCUUGUUCGGCCAAUUGUUUGGUAUGCAAGAUCAGAUUUCUUAUACUUUGGGUCGUCAUGGUUACGCCAUUUACAAGUAUUUGCCCUACGGUAUGAUUGAUGAGGUUAUUCCUUAUUUGCUUCGUCGUGCUCAAGAAAACUCUUCUGUCUUGGGUGGUGUUGCUGUUGAACGUCAAUUGAUGUGGCAAGAAGUCAAGGAUCGUCUCACUGGUAAGGCUGUUUCUCCUGAUGUUUCCAUCACUACUGGUACUGCCACUUCUGCUUAAAUCUCUGUAUAUUAUUAUAUCCUUUCCUGUAUCAUAGUAUAUUUCAAAAAACUGUAAUUUUAUUUCUCAACCCUCCCCCUCCCCCCCCCUUUUAGAUGAUAAAAAUAAAAAUAAAAAAAAAUCAUUCAACAUUA